AGUAAGCAAGGACAGUAUGUCUUUGAGCAAAGGCACAGCAUCUCAAGAGAAACAAGACUCGCAAAAAUUGCCACCAAUGUUCACUCUCUCUUCAGAAUGGAACGAAAUUGGGAGAGAGGUUAGUGUUACGACAGAGCGUAUACUACAAGAGGGGAAUUACGUACUAGGUCCAGAGGUCGGAGAAUUAGAGUCGGUUUUAGCAGGUUAUGUUGGUGUUGAACACUGUAUUGCAGUUGGGAGUGGAACAGAUGCUCUCCAAAUAGCAAUGAUGGCACUGGAUGUGACCAGGGGAGACGAAGUGAUUGUACCAAGCUUUACAUGCAUGGCUACAGUUGAGGGAUUGUGUAUACUAGGCGCCACUCCAGUAUUCGUUGAUGUCACUGCCGACACCUUUAAUAUCAACGUGAACCUCAUAAAAGAUGCAAUUACGUCCAAAACGAAAGCCAUCAUUGCCGUGAGUGUGUAUGGUUUGAUUGCGGACUUAGAUGGUAUCGAAGGAUUGUUGAAAUCCAGUAACCGUCAGGAUGUGACGCUAAUUGAGGACGCAUCCCACAGCUUUGGUGCGAAGAAAAAUGGCAAACGAAGUUGCAACUUUUCGAAGAUUGCAUGCACUAGUUUUUACCCGAUGAAACCGCUGGGUUGCUAUGGUGACGGGGGUGCAAUUUUCACCAGUGACACUAACCUAGCGACCAAGAUGAGAAUCAUUAGUCGUCAUGGAAUGGUAGGCCGAUAUGAACAUGUAAUGCUUGGAAUGAACUCAAAACUAGAUACCAUCCAAGCCGGGAUUUUACUGACCAAGAUGAAAUCGAAUCACUAUGAGAAGUCACUUCAGUCGAGAAAAGAUGUAGCUGCAAUUUACGAGAAAUACCUGAGCGAUCAGACUGUAUUAACGCUGCCUUCUCCGCCAUCGUAUAACGACCACAUAUAUGCCGUGUAUACCGUGAUUGUGAACAAGAUCAGUCGUGACACUCUAAGAGAUGAACUAGAAAGAGCGGGACUGGAGACACGAAUACAGUGGCCUAAACCUCUACACCUUCAAGACAUGUUUAACUACUUACCAUGCGUCAAAAAGCCAUGUCCGAUAUCUGAAGAACUUUGUAAAAACAUCUUGAGUUUACCCAUUUUCCCUUUCAUGACUGAGAGUGAGGCAAAAUCUGUUGCUAUAACAGUUGGACACGCAAUAUCUGCCCUUAUGCCUGACUGCUAAUUACUUGCUCUACUAACUUCUAAUUACUACUACUUCU